AUGCCUCCCAAGAAGGCCGCAACACCAAAAGGUCCAUCGAAACGGGAGCUAGCUAAAGGGAAACAUGACGCGCUUCUGAUUUUACUCGAUUGUGGCAGAAACAUGGCAGAAGCUUUCCCAGAGACAGAGUCUGGCAAAAGCAGAACUGCGUUCGAGAUGGCCAAAGAAACGUUGGACUGGGUUAUAUCACGAAAGGUGGAAGGCGAAUUGUCCCUCAUUCCACAGAACAACUUUGUUUCCAGAUAUUCUCCGAAUCACCAGAUCGGAUAGGGAUAGUUCUGUUUGGAAGAGAUUCAGCCGAUUCUGAAGGCAAUGUAUACGUCCAUAACGAAAUCCUGGAGAAGGCGACUUUUGAUAAUUUGAAAUUUUUGCAAAAUGAAGUGACUGUCAGCACGGAGGCCAGAGGAGAUGGUUAGUUUGUUUAGAAAAUAUAGCUGCUUGAGUUAUUGAUCUACUCGCCACAACAAUGAAACCCGGCGAUGAAUUUCUUCUUCUUUACCGCUGUUUCCUAGGCUGAUCAAACAUUUAAAAACGGCUUUCUAGCAAGAAAAGAAUUUGAAUUUGGUCUUAUAAUCUUUAUUCGAUCAUGUUUAUAGUUGGUCAUGGAAUCACUUCGGCUCUGAAUGUUUUGCGAGAGCACAUAAUCUGCCACGAGCAAUUUGUGGAUGCUCGGAAUCUUCUAAUCGUCACAAACGGCCAUUCCGACAAAGAGCAACUCGAAAUUUAUGUUUCUGAAUUCGGCAGUUCGAUUAACGAUUUAGGCAUCAAUUUAGCGAUUGUGUGAGUUUUUAUGAUAUUUAAACGGCCUAUUCCGAUUUUCCAGGGGCAUUUCCGGUUCAAAUAAAGAUGGAGAAGAAGAUUGUCUUCUUGAAUUGGUCAAAGACACCGGCGGCUCCACAUUCUCUUUCGAGUUGGUGUUUUUCAAACUUUUGAAAGGGUUGAAUAGUGUUUUAGAAACCUUACCAAGGCUCUUUCUCACUUUGUACCUAAGCAAGCUGAUACAAGAUUAAACAAUAAACAGUGGGAGGUUCGAGAAAGUGUUGGAAAGCUUCCUCAUUUUUUUUUUAGAUUGCUCCCGGAAUCCGGCUACCACUGGCAAUGUCCGUGAAGUCUUUCCAAGCCAAAACCAAAUUGAAAUCUCAGCUUGUCAGUUCGUCUGGGCAGAAGGUAGAGUAGUUUUCAGGUUUUUUCUAAAAUAUCUAAUCUCAGGUUGCUCGGAUGGUCGAGACGACAGUUUUGGGCGACAACGAACCCGAGACAGAAGAUUUGGCAAUGGUUUAUUUUUUAUAAUUUUUGUAUCUGAGGCUGCGUUGCUAGUGAUGAAAUGAAAAUUGCUAAUUUUCAAAACUUCUGUCGAGUUGCGAAAAGAAAUAAUGUAAAGUAUUGAAAAAAAAAUUUUUUUAAGGUAUAUGCCUUGAAGUUAUUGGUACUUCUUGCUGAGAACUUUUUAAAAACAUUUUCUUCUUUUUCAUAAUUUUCUCAAAUGUUUUAGAACCGUAAUUUCAACUUUGAAACUGUUUCAGAGCGUUCCUCUGGACAGCCAAUCUGGAAGAAAUACUCAAACUUUCGCAUCUCCAAAACGUCGCGGAGGCGACGAAUUCAUAGACGACGAUGAUGAUUUCUUCGAGAAAAAGCCCAAAAUCGACGCUUUCGCCAAGGAUGAACUAUGCACCGGUUAUCAAAUCCAGUUGUAUACUUGAAAGUAGAAAAUUCCAGGCUACUUUUUCGGCCAGAGCUUGCUUUUCUUCGACGAAGAGGAGGAAGCCGCCUACAAUCAUCACAAUUUAAACGAAGGCGAGAAAGGCGGCUGCAUGAAGCUGAUCCAGUUCACGAAACGACAAAAUGUUUGUGAAAAAGAUAUUCUUGAAGAAAAUCUGGAUUUUCUUGAAGAUUUUGCCCGGAUACUUUAUCGGGAAGCAAUCGUACACGGUAAUGCCUGGCGUCAACAAGCAGACUUCUAACUCACCGGUACUUUUUUAUGGGUUUUCGGCAUUAUAGAUUUUAGAGAUCUUUGAAAAGAAAAAAAUUAAAUCGAUCGGUUUUUAAGGAGUUGAAGAUUUGAACAAGGAUGAGUGGGAAUGAACAAUUUUCCCAUAAUUCCAGAACCUCUCUCGCUCCACGUUGGCCUUGAUCAAGGCGAUGUUGGAGAACGAAGCCGUGGCGAUCUGUCGCUACGCCUACGACGCCAGCAAACAUCUCCAGCUGCUCGCCUUGAUCCCUCACGUCGACGAAGAGUCCGGAAUUCCGGUGACAUCUUUUUGAUCGAAAUGUUUGAGAAUGUUCACUCUUGACAGUUUCUUCGAGCUCUUCGGCUUCCGUUUGCCGAUGACAUGCGAAAUCUCAAAUUCCCCCGACUUGAUGCAAAUCUAAACUUAGAAGAAGAAGAAGAAACUGGAAAAAAAGAUAAGAACUCCCAGUUUCUGGACUAUGAUACGAAGCCUACGGGUACAGUUCUUCUGUAUUGUAAAUCGAAGUUUCAAUUUUUAGCUAGUCAGUUGACGUCAGUAGAUGGUCUCAUUGAUCUCAUGGCUUUAAGUGGGGAAUCUGGGUGAGAGAAUUGCAAAAAUAUCUUUAGGUGCCUUUUUUUAGAACCGAUUUCGCCUCCGGAACGGUUCUCGACCCUCAUUUGCAGCUUCAAUGUCUUUAUGUGAAAAAUCAUGUUCUCAAUGGCGACCGUAAUUUAUUUUUUUCUUUUCAAGUAUUGAUUUGAACCGUUAAGAAGAUGAUUUCUCGAACGAUCAAAGCGUUGCGGCUUCGGCAGUUCUCAAAAAGAGUCUGGCUCCGAAAAUGGAUGUCGUUGAGAAAUCUGGGUAAAAUACUUCAAGAUUUCCCUGAAAAUAAAUUUUCAAAUUUCAGAAAGUUUUUCAACAAGUUCGCCACGGAAUUCAACCUGCAAAAGGUGGAAAAAGUGACGAGGCAAAAGGUCGAAAUGGCGCCAAUCGACAUAAAAGCCAAGAUCGAAGAGGCUCGCAACAUUCUCAAGGUAUUCUUGGUGAAUCAAAAAAUUAAUUUAUUGGUCCUUUUUUUGUGUUGGGCAUCUGUGAUUCGAAAACUUCUAUACUGAGAUUUGGAAUAUUAGUUUUUAAGAAUAUUCUUUUUGAACUAUAUUUUGAAGCUCUGAAGUUCUAAUUUUGGAUUUAAAAAGAAGUUCAGGUGUUAGUUUUAUUUCAAAUUGGAAGGCUGAAGUUUUCAGAAUAUUAAUCUGAUACAUCACAGGGUUUAGGUUGAGAUACGAAAAUAUUAUAGAGUUCUUAGUAGAAUAUAAAGCUUGAGAAAAUUGAAAAGUCAAAGAAUGAAAGAAAAAGAAAUUUACAAAUGUGCUGUCGUUUCGGGUCUUGAAAGUUUACACUAGUCGUUUAAAAGAAACUGGAUUGAAUUAAGAAAUUUCGAUGGAAUAAAAGAAUUUUUCAGCUCUCCGUAGAAAGUAAUUUCAGACGACUGCUGUCUCGGAUUCGAGCUCCGGCAAGCUGAAAAAGCCGAAGGAGACGCCGGAAGAGAAACUGGAACGAGAGUUCGGAGAAAAUCCGGAGGAAGCGGCGAUGAACGCCUGCGAGGAACACGUCAGAGCCAUCACGGCCCUCUGUAUGAUCCCCGCCAACACGAUCUACGCCUCCCGAAUCUUCGAGGUUUUGACUGACACACUGAAAAAAAACGGCUGAUCGACUUUUGUUGUAAUAAUCAGAGCUGCGCGCAGGCCAGCCCCAGGAGCCAUAUCCAGUUUCAAUUUUUGACUUUUCGCUUUUGAUUUUAAUGUUAUUUGGUAAUAUUUUGGAGUGAUAAGAAGUUUUUGAAAACUCGGUCAACGAUUCAAACCUUCGAGAAACAUUUUGACACAGUAAAGUGCCAAAAGCGACAAAUUUGGAAGGAUAACGCUUCGCAAGCCGCGCCGCUUCAGAAUCGUAUAUAAAAGAACGGCCUGCGCUCAGCUCUGGUAAUAAUACAGUCCCAAGAGUUGCUUGAAGCAAAAAUUUUGAUUGAGGGAAUCGGAGUUACUUCAAAAGUUCUUUCCAUUUUCUAGAUGCCGGCCGACGGUCUGAUGGUCUUGCGACAGUUUUGCGUCCGCUACAACGUUUGGAGACCAUUUAAUGGCGCUCUUCGAACCAUCCGGUCUAGCCCAAAAUGCACUAAUUUCGUUGAUUAUAUGGGUGACGGUGAGUUUCGAUUAUUCUAGUUCAUUCAAAACUGCUUUUUAGUUACUUUAAAGACGAAAAAGUCGAAUUUGACCUGAUUGAAUACUAAAAAAAAAAGAUUUUUUUAAGAACCUCCAAGAAUCUUGCCUAUGGUGGCCUAUUAGUCGUCGUUAAAAAAAGUUUUUUCACAUUUUUUUAAAACUCUUUUUUAAAAAAAUAUAAAUCAUGGCAGCACUUAUUUAUUUAUUUAUUCAAUAACUUCUAACCAUUUCGAAUAGGUUUUCUCCGAUUAGGUUCAAUUCAGUGACUUCAAAAUUCCUUUUUUUUUUAAUUCCAUCCCUUUUUAGGUUGUGCCGAUUUGCUUUUCAUUCAGUAAAACCCGAAAGAAUUUUUUGAGUGUUUCGAUUGAACUACCUAAAAUUCGUUUCGAAAAAUGCGGUUUUUCAGGGAAACAGUUUUCGUUGAUCACGAACGAAGAGUGCUCUUCGAGUGACGUCACCGCAGAUGAAGCCGUCGAGUUCUGGGAAGAAAACGAAGACGACGUCCGUGAGGAUAGUGAGAUUCCCGAGAGUUUGGUUCGUUUGAAACUUCCACUUCUCAUAAAUAUCCUGUUUUCAGCUCGACUAUUAG